AUGGCUACUCUCAAGGGACCAGGAGAAGCACAUGCUUACGACGGAAGCGACCUCCGCAUCGCCAUCGUCCACGCAAGAUGGAACCAAACCAUCAUUGACGCACUCGUAUCCGGCGCAAAGAAGAGCCUGGCCACAGCAGGCGUAAAGGAGGAAAACAUCACCAUCCAAAGCGUCCCAGGAAGCUAUGAGCUACCCUUUGCCGUGCAGCGGAUGUAUUCCGCCUCUCAUAUAAAUGCCAAUGCCGCUCCGUCCGGAGGCACGGCAGAUUUACUUUCUAGCUCGACGACGGAUCUCACCAGGCAAGGUGGCGGUGCAGGUGCUGGCAGCAAGCCGUUCGAUGCGAUAAUUGCAAUUGGUGUGCUUAUCAAGGGCGAGACGAUGCAUUUUGAAUAUAUCUCUGAUGCGGUGUCUCAUGGGCUGAUGCGGUUGCAGCUUGAUAUGGGUGUUCCGGUCAUCUUUGGGGUUUUGACUGUGCUUAGUGAGGAGCAGGGCAUGGCUAGGGCGGGGCUGGGAGAUGGUAAGAUGCAUAAUCAUGGGGAGAGCUGGGGAGACGCGGCGGUUGAGAUGGGGGUUAAGAGACGGGGGUGGAUGGAUGGGAAGAUCUUAUAA